UUUAAAACUAAAAAAGUACAACUUUUAAAGCACAAUUUAUUUGUGGUGUGUCAAUUAAAUGUUUGCGAGUAACGAACUUGAUUCUCAACGAUCGAACGUUCUUGCAACCCAUGCUGCAGUAGCAACCAGUGAUCCAACCGCCACUGAAGUAGGAUUAAGGCUGUUAAAAAAUGGAGCAAAUGCUGCUGAAGCUGCUGUUGGCGUAGCAGCAGUUUUAAGUUUAGUAGAUCCUGGGUCAGGGGGGUUAGGUGGCGACUGUUACAUACUGUUUUACGACAACAAGUUGAAAACUGUUCAUGGAAUAAACGGCAGUGGUAAAACCCCUAAAGAUUUGACCAUCAAAUUGCUUUCACGCUGUGGUAUAUCUAUAGAGAACAAUCCUCCAUAUACGUACAAUGAAAUUCCUCGUGCUUCAGGUUUUUCGGUAACUGUUCCAGGAGCUCCAGCAGGAUGGCUUGAUUGUGUGCAGAAGUUCGGAAGUGGGAUGUCGUUAGAAGAGUUAUUUUUACCAGCAAUUCAAUUAGCCGAAAAUGGAUAUCCUGUGCACGAAGUAUCUGCUCGUUUACAACAACUAAAUUCAUUUUAUUUAAAAAAUUUCAAAAACUCUUAUGGGAACGAUUUGUUGAUUAAUGGCAACCCUCCAAAAGCUGGACAGAUUCUUAAAAACUCCAAACUUGCUAGUGUGCUUAAGGAGCUGGCGAAAACCGGUAAGGAAGCAUUCUAUAAGGGAAGAGUUGCGCAAGCUGUUGUUACUACUGUACAAGAAAAUGGGGGAUGUUUAACAAUGUCAGACAUGGAGAACCACAGUAGUACUUUUAACGACUUGAUUAUCGUUGAUUAUCAAGGGUAUAAAAUUUGGGAAAUGUUACCGGACGGCGAAGGAAUCAUACCUUCAAUGGGGCUUAAUAUAUUUGAAGACUUUAAUUUAGGGAUAGAAAGUCGAAUGUCGGCGUCAUGCAUACAUAAAAUGAUUGAGGCAACUAAGCAUGUUUAUGGAGAAAAAUUUAGAAAUAAAAUUGAUCAUUCUGAUGAACCCCCUGAAACUAUUUUAUCUAAAUCACACACGGAUGAUGCAAGAAACAUUUCAAUUUUGAACAGUAUUGCUUCUAGUAACUAUUGCCCUUCAAUAAAUGACAGAUCAAUUUAUUUCUCUGUCGUCGAUAAUGACGGAAACGCUUGUUCUUUUAUAAAUAGUCUUUAUCAUUAUUUUGGAAGUGGUUUGGUACCAGAAAAUUGUGGUUUUGCUCUCCAAUGUAGAGCCAUGGAUUUUUCUCUCGAUGAGAAACAUUUCAAUUGCGUUGCUCCAGAAAAACUCCCUCAUCAUGCUACUAUCCCAGGGAUAGCCACAUACGGACCUGACAAUGAUUUUUAUGCAUGUUUUGGUCUAAUUGGAGGUUACAUACAACCGCAAGGUCAUUUACAGCUUUUGUCAAACCUAAUUGACUACAAUAUGACUCCUCAAAGCGCGUUGUGUUACCCCCGUGUUAAUGUAAGUUUCAACUACGAUGCAGCUCCUAUUGUUAACAUUGAACAAGGAAUCUCUGAAGAAAUAGUUAAGCAACUAAUAAAGCUUGGUCAUAAAGUUGCUAUUGUUUCUGGGAUUGAUCGAAUUAAAUUUGGUCGUGGACAAAUUAUUCAGGUUCAACAUGACGACCAAGGAAAUCGUGUAUAUUGGUGCGGGUCAGACAGUAGAGCAGAUGGGUGUGCGAUAGGAUUUUGAUUUAUUUGAAUCUGUUCUGUGUAUUUUGAUAUGGAACAUAAAACAAAUCUUUUAACAAUAGUUAUUAGCCGCAAUAGUGGUAACAAUAAUUAACUAAGAAAGGGAAUUAAUUAAAGUUUCUUUUUACUUAUAAAGAUAUAGUACAACUUUAUAGCUUUUGGUUAUUUAUGUACAUUUGUUUUGUUAUGCGUUUACUUUUUGUGAUUUUUUUGUGUUUAUGCUAUCUUGUUUCAUAAAUUUCUAUUUUUGUGCUGUACGCACAAAUAUUCUUGAUUUAUUUAAGCUUAUUCCGCAAAUUUGAAAUAAACUUAAAUUAAAAAAAAAAUG